AUGCUAGAAGAAACAAAGACGGCAUCGGAAAAUCCCCUAUACGGCAUCGGGAGUAAUGGUAUUUCCGACGCCCUACGAUGCGUCGAGAAAACCCCUUAUCCCGACGCCGUUCCCGUCGCACUCUGCAUGACAUCGAGAAUAAGCUCAAAGAGCGCUGGUGGCGAAGGCCCCCGCCCUGAUAUAGAAGCCAAUUAUGGAGCUGGAGGUGGGGGUCCUGGCGACGCCGGCGGAUGUGGAGGUGGGGGUGGUAGUGGAGGAGGCGGGUGCGAGGGUGGUGAUGGAGGAGGUGGGUGUGGGGGUGGUGGGGGUGAUAGUGGUGUCGGUGGGUGUGAUGGGGGUGGUGGAGGGUGUGGUGGUGGCGACUAA